AUCUGAAACUUGGUUUUCACUUUUUCUCCGAAACCUAAUUCAAUCCUAAGAGCUUCACUUCUGCUCUUCAGAUUAUUAGAUUUGUCCUCUGUAGCUGUAGAUAACUUCACCCUUCUGUUUUUACAAUUUGGGUCUUCUCAAAAGUUGAACAUCAAGCUGAGCAUCUCUUUCAGCUGCCUUAAGCAUGAAGUUUGCAUUUCUCUGCUCCUCACAUGGACCAAACUGGAGCAGUCAAGACUUGCAAGUUUGGAGACCAGAAAACCAGCGAUAUCAUUGUACGCUUGAGAAAUCAUGAAGGAAAAACUGAGUGCUUAUAUUCACACUCUUCAAUUCUCACAAAUAAAAGCAGGUUCUUUGCAGAUUGGCUUUCUAAUCCAGACUCUGGAAUCUACAUUGAGAUCCAGUGUUCAGAGUCUAAUUACAACCAUCAUGUCAACCUUUUGAGGCUACUGUAUCUUCCUGCUGACUCACUUUUGGACUCCUUGAAUUCUGUGAAAUCAGCUAUCGGCAUUCUUCACUUGGCAAUUGCCUUUCAUUGUGAAGAGAUCACAAACAGCUGCAUUCAGUACCUGGAGGCUGUUCCUUGGGAGGACGAGGAAGAGGAAGAAAUUUUAAAAUUGGUCUCAAAGUUAGGGCCAAUGGCCAUGCCUAUAUUGGCUAGGAUCCAACCAGUGGAUUUAAGUGCUACAAAAAAUGUCUUCAUUUCUGCAUUUCGCUUUGCUACUUCCACUGGAGGACAAUGUCCACCUUUUGGAGAUGAGCUUAAAGCCUCUGCUCAAGAACAAGUGGAGUUCAUGCUUGGAGGAGAUGAGGACAUUCCAUUGAUAACCACUGAUGAUGAAGUAAAAUCAGUGGUAAGAGUGGGUCUGUCCAAAGUUUUCUCUUCAUUUGAAAAGGAACUAUUGUCCUUGCUUGUGAAUUCUAACCUCAGUGCCGAGACAACUGAGGAUAAAAUUUCGCCGUCCCUAUCUGACAUGGAGUGGAUGUGUAAUAUACUCCCAAAAAUAGAGUUAAUGAAGGACUUUGUUUCUUGCUGGGCUGAAAUCUCUGGUAAGGUUUUGGAAAUAGUUGAAGACCAGAGACUCAAUCAUCUCAUGUGGGGAUUGAAGGUGAAGCUGAUAGAAAUGACUGGGAAAGUGUUGGAAGCAGUUGGUUAUGGCAAUGUGAUUCUCCCUGCACCAUGCCGUGUGCAACUGCUAAAGACAUGGUUACCUUAUAUCAGAAAAAUGAAGCCUCUCCUUGAUGCUAAGGUCAAUGAGGAAGCAGGAUUUACUCACAAGAUGGAUGAUGACCUCUGCCAAAGCAUCGAGGGGGCAAUAGUAUCGCUGAUACUGGCAUUGCCGUCAAAUGAUCAAGCAGAUAUUCUGGCAGACUGGAUGAAAACCGAGCAGGUUAAGUAUCCUGACUUGACUGAGGCAUUUGAGGUAUGGUGUUACAGAACCAAGUCAGCCAAGAGAAGAUUAACAGAGGGCUUGAAUAGGGUCAGUGAUGCUACUCAUAGUCUUUGAUUUUUAUAACUCCAAUCUUGUUGUACGAUUAUUUUAUGUAAUGGAAAGGUGAUGAUCCAAUUCAUGUUUCUGACAUAAUAAGGCUCUAUAUUUUUCUGUUUUAUUUGAAAGUAUAAUGUAACUUUCCAGGUACUUCGCUAAUUAGAUAAUGCUUCUCCAUAAUCAAUUUCUGUGCUAGUU